AUGCGUGAUCAUUACGACAUGUCCAAUAUUGAAGAUCUUGAGGAUACUCAAGAACCCGAUGGUGCUGAUAUGGAUCUUAACGAUGAAUCAAUGGAGUUGACUCGUUUACGUGAAGGAGAAGAACUUUUAAAAGAUCCGGUAAACGAAGAAGCAAUGGAUAGCUGGUCCAAAGAUGUUAUCGAAUCCGAUGUUGGCCUGGUUCCCGGUCAAGAAACGGUAAUUUUUCUUAUCAAGAAAUGUUGUGGAUUGGUAUUUACAAUUAAGCUUUCGUCUAUUAUCCCAUUAUAUUUUGAUAAUGAGCUUCGCAAAUUGAAUAUUCGCAGAAACUCAUGCUAUGAUGUGAAGUCAAGAUGGAAUACAUUACAUCAAGUUCUCAAACCAUUUCAUAACGCCACAACGGUAAUGUGUGACCGUGAUUAUCCAUCGAUUGGACGUGGAUUAUAUUUUCUGGCUCACUUAAAAAUCUUUCUACAACAGCGCCGAAAGAAAGAGCCUUCAAUGAUGAAACGCUUCAAGCAGUUGCUACUCGCACAAUUCGUGGUCUAUUUUGAAAAUGAUACCGAACAAGUUCAAUUACUAAAAUUUCAUUCUUAUUUUGAUGCAGCGAGAUUCUCAGCAUUAACUGAUCCCGAAAAGCGCGGGAUUGAACAAACGAUUAAGAUGAUGGCAAUGAAUGAACCUUAUGUAGCACAACCAGUAGUUUCACAGUCGCCUGAUACAACAACUAUCAGCUUAUCACAAAAAAUCGGUACACCAAAGAAGGAAAAGAUGAGUACUUUAGAUGUAUUUAAUGAAUCAAUCGAUGAGUCGAUUUAUGACUCAAUUCCUGAACAUGAUCCACGUGAUUAUCAUAAAAAAAGCAAUAAUUAUCGAUGA